AUGGACGAAGAUCUUACUCUGCAUUUGGAUCCCGUGAAAAGAAUGAAGACACUCAUGGAUUCAACGGCCAUAGAACUGAACCCCUCAAUUCCUCUUAAUCGGUACUAUCGGAGCUUAAAUGAAAUUUAUCGUGUUGCUGGCUUUUAUGUGGAAGAAAAAAAUUUUGAGAAAGCGCUUUCACUUUACAUUCGUUUCGUCACCUUAGCUGUGGAAGAACUGCCAAAUCAUCAGGAUUAUAAGGGCUUCACUUCCCAAGAAAAGAUAAAAGCAGAGAAGUCCCUUGCAGCAGCUUUCGACAGAGCAGAACUUUUAAAGCAACGGUUGAAGGAAAAGUUUGAAGCAGAUUCUAUCAGAGCUAAACAGAUUCUUGAAGAGAGAGAAGCUGAGAGGGCUGAAAGAGCUGCCGCUGCUGCUGCUGCCGCUGCUGCUGCCACUGCCGUGGUGGACAACAAUGACUUGGACAAACCUUCAAGCGUUUCACAAGGCCUUGGAGACUCUCUUAAGCCAUCUGCGCCUUCAUCCCAACCAUGUUACGAUUCCCAAAACGGUUUGUUGCGAAGGCCAUGUACAUUGAGAAUUGCCAGCGGAAUUGUUGGUAAAUUUAUAGAGAAGGUAGAAAGGAACACCUCGCUAAAUAUAGAAACCUGUGCUGUACUCUGUGGCAAUAUGGGCAGCGGUGGCAUAUACCGCAUUACCCACGCGGUAAUCCCUAAACAAGAUGGAUCUCCAGAUAGCUGCGACAUGCAUAAUGAGGAAGAAAUAUUUGCAUUCCAAGAUAAUCAUAAUUUGAUCACCCUCGGCUGGAUUCAUACUCAUCCAUCACAAACUGCAUUUUUAUCUAGCGUGGAUUUACAUACGCAUUGCGCAUAUCAGUUAAUGUUACCUGAAGCGAUUGCUAUUGUUGUCGCACCGAAAUAUAACCAAGUUGUUGCAUUCCGCCUUUCUCCAGAAGGGAUGAAAGAAGUCGGGAACUGUCAUCAGACCAAAUUCCACCCACACGACAACUCGAACUCGCUUUUCAACGUAUGUACUGACGUAGAAUUCGACAGCAAAUUAAAUGCGGAAGUUAUUGACCUGCGGUAA